GUGUCUGUGUUGCGUAUGCAUCCGUCCCUGUACAGACAUGUCCAGUCAAGACGUCGAAAGAUUUGCUGUGGCGGUACGGCGACGGGAUGCCACACUGAAAAGUCUUCAGGCUGCUGUGCCUCCUGAGCAGCCGCAAUUGUCCUCCACAUCACGUAAAGUGACAUGGAAAUCAUCAUCAUACCAUGGGACAUGCUGCUACUCAAUGGGAACAAUGCUCCUUUAUGUGAUCUGCUGUGAGGGUGAGCAUCUUCGUGAUGAAGUCCUCUACACUAUUGUACACUACAUAUUUAGUGUACAUAGUGUAGAGGUGGAUGAGCAAGACGAAACUAACUCCAACAUGACACUACUGCACUGGUGUGCAAUGUGUGGAAAUGAUCGACUAGCAAAUAUUCUCAUCGGACGUGGAGCUGAUGUCAAUGUGCAGGACAGCGGGCACCGAUGGACUCCACUUCACAUGGCAGUCUGCUAUAACGAGAUCAACUUGGUCAAGGUGAUGCUGUCACAUGACAGUGACGGUGUCACCUUGGAUACCACACUGCGUGACAGGGUAGGGAAAACAGCGUUGGAUCUAGCCAGGCAAGAGAAGCAUGAGAGAUGUGUGCAGUUGCUGGUGGAUCACGAGAGUGCGAAGGAGGCCAAACAGCUGCAGGCAGGAGAUACUGCUGUUCUGCCAAGUAUCAGUGAACUCGAAGCAGCAGAGCAGGAGGCAGCCAGGUUGGGCGGUACGACCGUCAUCCGUUUCCUGCACGUGGCAAUACUUGGUGCGGCGCGCGUUGGAAAGACCAGCUUGCUGAAGGCGUUGCUUGAGAAGAUGCACGAUGAGAAUGAACCCAGCACGCCCGGCAUGCGCACGUCCUACGCAACUACAAGCAUCUCUGAUGACUGUCGAUUCAUCGAAUGCCCAGACAUGCCAGAUGCUCUGAGUCGACUCUACGUCAUCACCAUGAUGUGCAAACCAUCCACUUCGAAUCAUCCCCAAGGCAAAGAGACAACACAAGAUGACAGAGAGAGAGCCCCAGCAGGAGAGGAUCCUGUGGCUGGGACCCAUGCAGGACCUAUGGAGGGCAGCAGUAGCAGCAGCAGCAGCAGCGUUGGGCCAGCAAUGCGCGGGGAAAUCCAUGAGACCAUCACAGGAUUUCUCAACGCAGACCGGGUAAAGUACAUCUCUGACCAGGCCAACACGCCCGACUACACCGUCAUCACAUUCCGCGACCUUGGAGGGCAGCAAGUCUACCAAUCCGUGCAGCCCCUCUUCAUGGCCAAAAACACAACCUUUAUUGCCACAUACAACUCUUCUCUGGAUCUUCUAGAGACCCUUCCCAAGCUCGAUAAAUUUCAGUUCAGCCAGGAAGAAUGUAUCGAGCGGGCCACUCUACCGGCCAAUGCGACUCGCCUAGACCAGCUGCUAAGCUGGCUCGACAUGCUGCUGCUGAAUGCGAAAGCUGACAGCAGCACAGACCAGAGUGCUGCAGAUGAUGUGUUUGUAGUGGGGUGUCAGAGUGAUAUGUGGAAGAAAACCGAUUUGCCUGAUCCUUGUAAACUACUUCAAGUGAAUAUAGAAGGUUCGCCGUAUAAGAACCUUGUCUGGAACGAAACAUCGUACUUCAAAAUCGACAGCACCAGAUCCACUGGAAGUGCAGCACAAGCAGAUGAGCUGCAGCGAUUGAGAGAGGCCAUCAUUGACCGCUGCCAGAAGAGCCAACGUAACAUCCCUGUUCCAUGGCUCCGAUUCUGCAUAACCAUACACACGCUCAAGCAGGAGGUCACGUGGCCUUGGAUUUCCUUCAAGGAGGCAAAGUUCAUAGCGAAGCAAGUCAAGGCUGUUCCACAUGACUGCAGUGACCGGCAAAUACAGCUGCUGCUGAAGUACUGCCACGAAGCAGGCCACCUGGCGUACUUCCCAACUUUCAAGCUGAAAGACACGGUCAUCCUGGAGCCCCAGUUCAUCCUGGACUGUGUCAAUGCCUUUGUCUACAUGAAGCUUGACCGAGACAUCACAGUGCACGAAGAGCGGCGCUAUAAGUCUGGGUUCAUGACGGAGUCCCUGGCACGCAAAGCUCUCAACAAGAUGUUCGAGGGUCAGUCUUCCUGCGACCAUGCUAAGGCGUGGCAAGCAGUCAGAGCAAGCAGUGAUGGGUUCAAGCUCAUUUUUGAAAUCCUAGAAUGGCUCUCAGUCCUGGCAAUUGUGCAGGAUGAGAGGUCUGCUGAGCACGAGUUUAUUGUACCUGCAAUCGUCCGGGACAUGGGCACGGACCCGCAGCUGCCUUGUUCCUGUGCCUACGUGUCCUUUAAGCACGCACACCGCGAUGAGUUGAUGCACUUUCCCGUGUUCGUGUACUGGCAGUGCGUGGUGGAGGUGCUGCUGAAGUCACACAAUCGCUCGGCUGCCACGCUGUCACGGUGCAGCGUUCGCGUUCGCUGGAACGAUUGUCCAUGGCUGCACCUGCACUAUACACGCUACGGCUUACAAGUGUACGUCGAGUGCGAGGGCCGACACGGCGGCAGCGGAAAGUCCACGCUGGAUGAUGUCCGGGCAAUCGUGCGCACAGUGCUAUGGAAGUGGGGCCUGCAGGUCGAAGUGAUCAGCACAUUGCCAUGCCCCUGCGGAGAAACAUCGGGCGAGGAGUGUUUACAGCAUGGCUUAUCUACCUGCUGCGCACCAAGCUGUGCGCACGCCUUGGACGCUUCCACCCUAGUGGCUGAAGACUACCCACUGUGUACACGUUCAAAGAAGCGGGAUAUACAGAUGAUCCGUGAGCAGGCCAUGUUCUGGCUGGGCCUUGACCAGAAUGCACGUGGAAGGCUGUUUGAGCCGAGAUCGACCUCUCUUCCUUCAGGCGAGUCUCUUGACCAACAGCUCUCUGACAUGACAGCAUGGGAGAGUGACGUCUUCACAGAACUUCGGCCUGACCUGGUUUCCACGCUAACUCCAGGUGAUAUGCGUCGCCAGUGUGAGGCUAAGAAGUUGAUUACGCGUGCACAGCGUCAGCUAUUUGCAUCAAACACUGGCCGUGCAGCGCAGAAUGAGGAAUUGCUCGAUGCACUAAGCACCGGUGAUGACGAAUCCUUCCAUACCUUCCUUGAAUGCAUCCGUAAAGUCGAGCCACCAGCCAGCGCGAGAAGGUUAUUGGCCAAGCUGGAACCCGUCGACAAGUUCCGGGCAGCCCGGCAGUACUGCUGAGGCCGCAUUAGCGUCUGCAGGAGCAUCUGCUGCUGAUCCAGUGGACGAGGAUGAGAAGUCGUACGGCGACCCAUUCCAGCAGCGUGUCUUUCUAACCGAUAUUUUGCCUUGGUUGGGCAAAUUACCAGCGGGAACAUUUCGUGAAAUGGCGCAAGAGGCCGGAUUAUACGCCGAUCUGCAGCAGAUAGAAGACUUGAAGAGGAUUGAGAAACUAGAUGGAACACGCACUCACAACGGAGAGUUGGUCAACAUUCUAAGCAGCGAGGAAAAGGCCGGCUACAUCAAGCUAGUGAUGAUCAUCAAACGCUGGGGUAACUAUCCCGACACGGUCGACAAGAUGAACCAGCUUCUGCCACGACGGGCCCGUGUGUAAACGAUUGAGGUGUCAAGCACUUCACGCAGCACGCACUGGUACUGUUCUCUGUCUCUCUCUCUCUCUCUCUCUCUCUCUCUCUCUCUCUCUCUCUCUCUCUCUCUCUCUCUCUCUCUCUCUCUCUCUCUCUCUCUCUUUCUCUCUCUCUCUGUCUCUCUCUCUGUCUCUCUCUCUGUCUCUCUCUGUCUCUCUCUCUGUCUCUCUCUCUGUCUCUCUCUCUGUCUCUCUCUCUGUCUCUCUCUCUGUCUCUCUCUCUGUCUCUCUCUCUGUCUCUCUCUCUGUCUCUCUCUCUGUCUCUCUCUCUGUCUCUCUCUCUGUCUCUCUCUCUGUCUCUCUCUCUGUCUCUCUCUCUGUCUCUCUCUCUCUCUCUCUCUCUCUCUCUCUCUCUCUCUCUCUCUCUCUCUCUCUCUCUCUCUCUCUCUCUCUCUCUCUCUCUCUCUCUCUCUCUCUCUCCGUUGUGUGUUCUCGAUCUUACUGACUGGCUAUGCUAUUCAUCAAAUCCAUUCUUCCUUAGUCACAUUUGCCAAAUGUUAGCUACGUUAUGUGGACAGGAGACUUCGCUCUUGAACAUUAAUCUUUAGAAUUGUCACAUGUUGCACGUUGAUACUAUAUUAGUGUAUUGUAGUUAUGAAUUGUGUACAGAACUGUCACAUGCUGCACGGGCAGUAUUGUCAAGACAUGCUAGGUCCCUUGCAAUAUUGGUGCGGUGCGUAUUACUGCUAUGCAUUUCGCGAGUGUAAUAUUUAUUUGUUAGUCUGUUAGAAUUACAUCACGAGUGCAUAUCUGUUACGUCUACGUCGAGACACAUUUUAUGAUACAGUAAUUGCUAUGCGUGUUCGUACCACGACAUGUUCACGAGCGGAAUAUCUUGUGAAUUGUGCUAAUUUAUUAUAUAAGUAGAAUUGUUGACACACUAAUUGGUUGCCAUGUACAUGUCACUUACUUGAUCGGUUGCAUUAUCGCCAUCCGCGGCAACUCCGCUACGAUCUACUUAACGUACUUGGCGAAACUUACUCUCGCUGACAGGGUGUGCUGUCACCCUGUCGCUGGGUGCAAGCACCCCUUGACAGACACUGUUUUUACCUCCGUAAUCAACAAUUCUGUAUUCUUUCACUUCAGCAGAUUGCGAGUUUCUGUUUGCUCUGCAUUCAAAUUAUUGCUUUUCUUUUCGUUGCACCUGCACUCCGCGCUAGCUGCACGCGGACUUUGGCAGUCGCCAUAUUUAGUAUCUCUAUGGCUGCUAUGAUCCAUGCAUUUUCUGUACGUUGCAUUUUCUCUCUAUAUAAGAGAGGUUCUGCUAUACGUGAAACGUAGAGAAAUCACAUAGAGAGCAGGUGUCUGGGUUAGAGUCUACGGCUUUGUGUGUUUUGGCUCCAGAUUUCUACGCGGAGAUGAGGUUCUCUACGUUGUGGCACACGCAGAGAAAAUGCGUACGGAUUUGCUGGGUAUCGAUCAACUGCAUGCAGAAAACUGCCAAAUAUGGAAGGGGUAUAUUCCAAGUGAUUUCUCUAGGUGAAACGUAAAGCAGAAUUCUAGGACAGGAUUUCUUUACGUUACGGGAACGCGAAGAAAGUUCGCGUGAUUAUUUGCGUCGCGUUCCCAAAACGUAGAGCAGAACCUCCCUUAUGCCAGGUACAUAUGUACGGCGUUGUGUGCAUGCAUGCGGCGCAAGCCAAAUGCACGCACGCUGCACGUUUUUGCUCAGGACAGCGAUUUGGCGAUCGUUGUUCGGUGUGUUCUUUGGUGUUCUUGUUGAAACGAGUGGUAAUGUCGAUUAAAGGAGUUUCUGGGUUUUUGUGGUCUGCCUGACGAUGGUUAGUUGCGGGACCAAGUCGCACCGCAACAUUAUGUUAUGCGUGAAACUCAGAGUUACAGCAGAAACGCUUUUGAUUCCUCUCAAGUGUGUGUACAAACUUAUAGCAGCACUUGAUGAAAUGCUCACUUACAUUGUUA